AUGGCGUUUGCUGGGACAAAUAUCAGUUUGUUCCAGCCGGAUAUCACGCAAAAACUAACGGAGCGCAUAGAUGACCUGAAGCAAAAAGUCGCUGCUUGGGGGAAGCGGAUUCGACGAUUUAGCGAGAGGUCAAGGCGGUUCAACCAGAAUCGUCUCUUCCAGAGUGAUCAGAAGAGGCUCUAUAAAUCAUUGGAGCGACCAGAGGUAUGUGGAGCGGGCCCAGGACCGGAUCAGGCUGACACUGUCGCAUUUUGGCGUGGCCUGUGGUCAGAGCCCGUAAACCACAGCGAGGGCCCUUGGAUGGAAGUUGUGGCGAGCCAGAGUGCAAGUGUUACGCCUAUGGACCCCGUCACCAUAACGCCUGAAGACGUGGCUGAGGCGGAUUAUGAGUUCGUUACUUUACCUGAAGAGAACGACAACUUACCGGCUAUUGAGAAUGAGAACAUGAUUGUGGAUCCUUUGUUUUCAGAGCUUAAUGACGUAGAUGACAACGGAAUACCAAAAGAUGUUACCUCGGAUGAUCCACCAUUUUCGUGCACCAGUGUUGAAUAUACUGAUGUAAAUACGAUGCAAACAAUACCGUCUUCUUGCUUCCAAAACCCCUGUGAUACCAAGCCCUGA